GCGCCCACAAGAUUGAGGACGCGAUGACGCGAGCUGCGUUUGUUUCGUACUGGACAGCAGCCUUGACACCCGCUUGACCUCAGUGAAAAAGAAGCAUCGAUGACUCGGCUAGCGGUUCCUUAGCGUUCUCAGCGUCGUCUCUCGUCUCGAGACUUCCUGAGAGUCGUCACUGCGAGGUCGGGGUCACGAUCCGUGAAGUUACAGUGACAGCGACGGUUCGUGUGCGUUGACAGUCGUCAUGUUGACGGUGAAAAGUGCGUCCUCGGUGUUCAGGAUAGCGUUGCCUCGGCAUUCCGUCGCGGAAAUGUGCCGUCUCGGCGGUACUCCGACGACUGUGCGACCGCGUCGCUUCUACUGCGAGCAGCAGCCGCGCAAUGGCGAACGGGUCGACGUACGACGCCGAUCGACGCUACAGGCUUGCCAAGAAGUUGUUCUCGACGGUGCUCUUCGGUGGCACGCUGGCCGCCGCGGUGUACUUCAAGCGGCGAAGACAGGCCGAGCACAGCGAGCUCUUUCGUGAGUGCGUCAUGCUGCCACGUGACGAGAACUACGCGCCGAACAUGUACUUCUACAACUACCGCGGCUACGUCUUUCCGGGCAUGGUCAUCAGGUCGCUGCCCAGGGUCCAGGCUCUGAGGGCGAGACCGGACGACAUCUACGUCGUGUCGUUUCCCAAGACUGGCACAACGUGGGUGCAGGAGAUUGUCUACCUCAUCGUGACGGGCCUGGACUUCCGGUCCGCGGCGGCUCGCAACAUGGAGCAGCGGUUUCCCUUCCUCGAGUACUUCUACCCCGGCGUUUCGACCAUCGAGAACUCUCCGGACACUCGCAUGAUCAAGACACACCUCCCUUACGCCCUCCUGCCCGAAUCGGUACACACGGAAAAUCCUAAGAUCAUCUACAUUAUGCGAAAUCCCAAAGACGUCUGUGUGUCGCUGUACCACUUCACAAGGCUCAUCAAAGAGACUGGAUACGAGGGAAGCUUCAAGGAUUUCUUUGAGUCGUUCCUCAAGGGACAUGUGUCUUACGGACCCAUCUGGAAGCACUAUCUCGAAUGGUGGGAACACAGGAAUGACCCAAAUGUUCUCAUUAUCUCUUAUGAAGAUCUCCACAAGGACGCCUGCAGCGUGAUCCAGAGGAUAGCCCUCUUUCUGGGGCGGCCGCUACGUGACGAUGAGGUGACGGCCAUCGCGGAGCACUGCAACUUCCGCCACAUGGCACGCAACCCAGCGGCCAACUAUGAGCACUGGCGCAAGCUCGGCUUUGUCAACCUUCAGGAAGGAGGCUUUAUGAGGAAAGGAAUUGUUGGCGACUGGAAGAACUACUUUACACCAGAAAUGAACGCCCAGAUGGACGCCUGGCUAGAAGAAAAGUUCGGCGACACGGAUCUGAGCUUUGUGUACGAGCUUCCACCCGACGAGCAAGCAGAGAAGGAUGUUGUCUAGUCCCCUAUUGUUUAGGUUUUUUAUGAAAUUGUUGUAUAUGUUAGGUUACAAUGUCUCAAUUGUGGUUUCAACUGUGUCGCACAUGCGAGAGUGUCGGUCACUGCAGGCAUUCUUUGUCGUGCCUGUUCACGCGGAUGUCUGCGGAGGAUUUUAAAGAAUUUAGGUGUUCGCAUUGAUGCGUGUUGAAAAACAGCCCAGCAGUGCAUAUUGUGCCAAUCUUGAGAUCCCUCGGUGCUGGAAAGAGCAUGCCUUUCUGAGAGGUUAGAUUUACCCGAGUUUGUGCGCGCAUUACCACUCGUAUAGUACUGGAAAAGAAACGUGCAGGUGCAUGAGAAACAGGUAUGUUGCUGAAAUUUUUUAUGCAGAAGUGAAAGUACUAAUAGCUUGGAGAUGAAUGCAUGGUGACUUUUUUUUUUUUAUUUUCUUUUGACCAAAACAGCGGGACAGAACAAAUAUGGAUGAAUGAUGUCUUGUUGCUGAACAAGCUAGAAAUCAGUCACUGCAGCUGUUUUCCGUUCUCUGAACAUUGUGGUAUUCCGUAAACUUGGUAGUCCGUAAACUGCAAGAAGUAAACGGACAUUUUGAAUGUCAUGCACUGCAGUGCUUGGAACAUAUCCUGUGUCAUCGCAAGCAAACUUCUCCACGCGUUAUUUUGCUGAACUAAUGUACUGCAUCAUGCGUGAACUGGAUGUGAGGCACAAGCCUCCGGAAUGGUGCUGACCUCUAUGCAAUCAAACAUUCCUUCUUUCUUUUCAUGCUCCCUGGCAAUCAGAUUUCACCAUGGACAGUGUUUUGGGUUCAGGGUGAGCCAUCUUGGUUGGGGCAAGUUAAAUCUUGUGGGAAGAGUGGUGCGGUAGAAUUUUGCGCAAGCCCUCUUUCCUUCACAUUUGGUGCGCCACUUUCUGUACAAAAGUGUCACUAUGUGCUGAACGGCUUUGUUGAAGGACUUUGCAGUUGUGCCAUAGGGCUGCAAACAUAGACAUGCGCAAGAUCCCGCAUUAGUACUGGGUUACCGUAGCCUUUCACCUUACCCCCCUCACGCACACAUACGUUUGGUGCACCACCACUAUAUAAAAGAAAAAAAAAAGAGAACGAUCAGUUGCAAAGGGGACUUAAUUUAUUUCCUGUAAAACGUGGGUUUUAUUUGACAUAUUUUACUGCACUUGCAACGUGAUGUGCAUCAACUGCACCCAUGCAGUCCUAUGCUGCUCUGUAAUGCACUUGAACAGACAGUUUCACAAAAAAAAAGCAACCAAUGUGUUGUUUUUCUCCACUUGCGGUACUAUUUGCACAUGUUAUUUAGGAUGUUUCGAGGGCUGUUAGUUUCGUUUCCAGUGAUGUAGUACAUAAGGUUCUUUGUGCUGCUUGCACAACCUCAUUUGUGCCUGCCUUCCAGUCAUGAACCCUACCAAACAUUCUUUGUAGAGCCCUCUAUUUGCUGAGACUUUGCUUUAACCUAUAAAUGUUAGUUUUUGUUUUAACCGAUUCCUGUGCACACAAAUUUCUUUAUCAAUGUGCCUGUCUUGCCAAGGGUCACAUUCUGAGGAGUCACCGGUGAGAACGAUGUCACAUUUCAGCAAUGCGUUUAGGUAAUGGAUGUUAUUUAUGCGACGAAUGGGUCAGGGUGUUGAGGUGCUGGGUUGUACAGGUGUCGUGGGUGUGCAGGGUAUUUAUUAAAGUGAAUAAAGUUGACAUAACACAGUUUA